UUGAUGUAUUUAUAGUGUGAUGACAACGAAGGCAGGAAGUGUUUGUCACAUGUACUCGGCAUCUCUAGAAUGAGUAAUAUGCUGCCCUGGGAUGUGACAGUGAGCUGUAAGAAGUGCUGAUCUUCAAUGGGUGGAGUCAGGCAUUCAUAACAAGCCAUCCUGUUGUUAUCUGCGAAUUUGUAAUGGAAGUGACGCAUGGAUGUGGGGCUGGCUGUGGAGGACUAUUACAUUGCACUCUCAAGCUGCUGCUGACACAGUAAUCUGUUGAAAAGUCACAGUGGCAUGUGACCUGUGUGAGACAUUACCUGUUUUAUCCAGCACACUGUAGAAUGUGGAUGCCCAACAGAGGAAACUGCACCUUGUUCUUCCGGUCUGACCCGUUGAAGAUAGUGAAGGCUUCUGGGCAGUACAUGUACGAUGAGUCUGGGAAACAGUAUCUAGAUUGCAUCAACAAUGUCUGCCACGUUGGUCACUGCAACCCGAAGGUGGUGGAGGCAGGAGCCAAUCAGAUGAUGGUUCUCAACACAAACUCCCGCUUCUUGCAUGACAACAUCGUCAAGCUUGCACAGCGCAUCUCGGACACGUUACCCAAGCCGCUGUCAGUUGUCUACUUCACCAACUCGGGAUCUGAAGCCAAUGAUCUUGCGCUACAACUGUCGCGAUAUCACACAAAGGCCAAAGAAAUCAUCGCCUUGGAGAGGGCUUACCAUGGUCAUGUGAUCUCCCUCUUGACUCUUAGCACAUACAAGUUGGACCAGUGCAAAGAUGGACAAAGCAUGAUGCCCGACUUUGUGCAUGUUGCAUCGUGUCCAGACACAUUCCGAGGGAAGUACCGUGACUGCGACUACAGUAUGGAGGAGCUGGGGCAGAAGUAUGCAGAUGACGUCAAGGACAUCAUCGAUAACAUCCACAAGGCUGGCAAAAGCGUCAGCUGCUACUUGGCUGAGUCCAUACAGAGUUGUGGUGGCCAGAUCAUAUACCCUCCAGGAUACCUCAAGAAAGUCUUCCAGUAUGUUCGUGAGGCUGGAGGGCUGUGUAUCGCUGACGAGGUUCAGGUGGGCUUCGGGCGAGCAGGCUCCCACUUUUGGGCUUUCGAGACACAAGACGUUGUUCCUGAUAUAGUGACAAUGGGAAAACCCAUGGGUAAUGGUCACCCGAUCGCUGCAGUGGUCACCACACCUGAAGUUGCAGCCAGCUUCAUGUCAGCAGGAGUGGAAUACUUCAACACAUUUGCAGGCAACCCAGUGUCCUGUGCGAUAUCUCUGGCUGUACUCGAUGUUAUUCGGGAUGACAAGCUGCAGGAAAAUGCUGUAAAGAUAGGAGGUUACUACCUGGAGAAGCUGAGGGAAAUGAAAUCACGCUACAACAUCAUUGGAGAUGUCAGGGGCGUGGGGAUGUUCGUGGGGAUUGACCUUGUAAAGGACCAUGGCACCAGGGAAGCCGCCUCAAAAGAGGCUGAAUAUGCCAUUACAAGGUUGAAGGAGAACGGCAUCCUGUACAGUCGGGAUGGACCAGAUAGGAAUGUGCUCAAGUUUAAGCCACCCAUGUGUUUCACCACUGAGGAUAUAGACAAGCUCUGUACUGCUCUGUCUGAGGUGUUCGAGGAGAUAGAGAAGGGCCUCCACCUCACCAACUCCUCCAACAACGCUGAUGUGGAGGAGGAGACUCGACCAGUGAAGCGUCUUUGUGUGGACGUUAAUGGCUCAGAUUCAGACUCAGGUGUGGAGAGAUGUUCAUCUCAUCACGCAGCCAAAGUGCAUUAAUCCUCGGAGAGAACAAGAUGAUGUGCAGCUAUGCACCAGGGCCUAGAGUUUGGAAGCUCUCUUAGAGCUAAGUUAGUCGUAAGUUAAUGUUAAUGUAUGGCACUUACGACUAUCCUAGCUCUAAGAGAACUUCGAAAAUCUAGGCCCUGUUCAGCAGUAUACCACAGAGUUCAGUGCAACAGCUGGUAGUGCAGCGACCUGGUCACAAAGCUGUCACAGUGUUUGUUUUAAUCUAGAGGAGUAAUGAUACUCUGUAUAGGAUGAUAUUGUGGAACUAAAUAUACACAAGCCUACAGUUCUGAAAUAUAUUAAUGAAAUACUACAUGAAGUUAGAUGUUCAGAUAACCAACUUUUCUGAGUUGAUACCCUGUUAUGUAGAGACCCACCCCAUACAAUGAUACCCUGUUAUGUAGAGACCCACCCCUAUACAGUGAUACCCUGUUAUGUAGAGACCCACUCCAUACAAUGAUACACUUUUAUGUAGAUACCCACCCCAUACAAUGAUACCCUGUUAUGUAGAUAACCACCCCUAUACAGUGAUACCCUGUUAUGUAGAGACCCUCCCCUACACAGUGAUACCCUGUUAUGUAGAGACCCUCCCCUACACAGUGAUACCCUGUUAUGUAGAGACCCACCCUACACAGUGAUACCCUGUUAUGUAGAGACCCACCCCAUACAAUGAUACCCUGUUAUGUAGAGACCCACCCCUAUACAUUGAUACCCUGUUAUGUAGAGACCCACCCUAUACAGUGAUACCCUGUUAUACGAAUGUGUUAGACUGCCAGUAAUGUUCCACACUUUGAAGACUUUGGUAUGAAGAAUCUGGAAGAUAUUAUGGAUUUGUUGUUGCUUGAUAGACCUGAUGUGUUAACUUUUAAUUUUGAAUAAAUUUUAUUUACACUGUGCAUUAAAGAGUGCAUACAUGAUAUCUAGUUUGAUUUUGUAUUGCUGUUACGUUUUUGCUAUACGUUGUCUUGUACUGAGAAUGUAGCUGGUUGCCUUUUGUUGGACAUGGCGGAAAUAAGCUGUGUGGUUUUAUAUGUGUAGAAAGUUGAGCUAGAACCUUUUUGUGUUUCCUCAUCUUGAUAUUUGGUAACAUUGGGUGCCAGCAUAAUGGCAAUUUCAGUUUGUUUAUAUUUUUAAAAGAUUUGAAGAUGUGAUAUAGUUGUUUUGUUCCCAACACUUUGAUUCAGAGUUGGCAAGAUGUACAACAAGAUACAUGCCUGUGGUAAGUCAUUAGUCAGUGUUACGGUAUUGGAGCUCUACCUGACAUGUCAUCCUGUAUGUAUAUGUAUGAGGGGGACCUACCACAACUGUGUUGGGGUAUGGGGGAUACUUGUUAUGCAAAGAGAUAAGAAUAUUGUAAAUAGAUGAUCCAGUAUGCGAGUUAUAUGUUCUGCAAAGAGAUAAGAAUAUUGUAAAUCUAUGAUUUGGUAUGCAAGUUAUGUGUUUUGUGAAGAGAUAAGACAACUGGAAGCCUUUGUUAAGGUAUGGGAGCUACUUGUUCUGCAAAGAGAUAAGAAUAUUGUAAAUCUAUGAUCAGGUAUGCAAGUUAUGUGUUUUGUGAAGAGAUAAGACAACCAGAAGCCUUUGUUAAGGUAUGGGAGCUACUUGUUCUGCAAAGAGAUAAGAAUAUACCAUUAAAAUUAGGGGAUAUUCCAGUUUUCAAGCAUACCACUAGCCAAUGCCAAUGCAUAUGAGAAAAAGUAAUAUAUCCAUACAGAUGAAACAUUUCCAAAGGAAUGGAAUAAAUUGUCACAUUUUCCCUUAAUUUCUCUUCAUCAUCCAUUUCCUCCUUGGCUUCAUCAUUUGAAUUUUAUCAAUCUUGUAAAUCCGAGAUCCCCUACAUUUUUUGAAUGGUAUAAUAUAACUAUGAUAAGGUAUUUGAGGAAUGUGUUUUGUGAAGAAAUAAGCUGAUUGUAAAUCCAUCUUGUACCUGUGGGUGUCAGUGUGUCUGUUACAGUUACCUGAGAUGUACCUGUGGGUGUCAGUGUGUCUGUUACAGUUACCUGAGAUGUACCUGUGGGUGUCAGUGUGUCUGUUACAGUUACCUGAGAUGUACCUGUGGGUGUCAGUGUGUCUGUGUUACAGUUACCUGAGAUGUACAUGUGGGUGUCAGUGUGUCUGUUACAGUUACCUGAGGUGUGUACAUGUGGGUGUCAGUGUGUCUGUGUUACAGUUACCUGAGAUGUACAUGUGGGUGUCAGUGUGUCUGUUACAGUUACCUGAGGUGUACCUGUGGGUGUCAGUGUGUCUGUUACUAUUUACCUGAGAUGUACCUGUGGGUGUCAGUGUGUCUGUUACAGUUACCUGAGAUGUACCUGUGGGUGUCAGUGUGUCUGUUACAGUUACCUGAGAUGUACCUGUGGGUGUCAGUCUGUCUGUUACAGUUACCUGAGAUGUGUACAUGUGGGUGUCAGUGUGUCUGUUACAGUUACCUGAGAUGUACCUGUGGGUGUCAGUGUGUCUGUGUUACAGUUACCUGAGAUGUACAUGUGGGUGUCAGUGUGUCUGUUACAGUUACCUGAGAUGUACCUGUGGGUGUCAGUGUGUCUGUUACAGUUACCUGAGAUGUACCUGUGGGUGUCAGUGUGUCUGUUACAGUUACCUGAGAUGUACCUGUGGGUGUCAGUGUGUCUGUUACAGUUACCUGAGAUGUACCUGUGGGUGUCAGUGUGUCUGUUACAGUUACCUGAGAUGUACCUGUGGGUGUCAGUGUGUCUGUUACAGUUACCUGAGAUGUACAUGUGGGUGUCAGUGUGUCUGUUACAGUUACCUGAGGUGUACAUGUGGGUGUCAGUGUGUCUGUUACAGUUACCUGAGAUGUACCUGUGGGUGUCAGUGUGUCUGUUACAGUUACCUGAGGUGUACCUGUGGGUGUCAGUGUGUCUGUUACAGUUACCUGAGAUGUACCUGUGGGUGUCAGUGUGUUUGUUACAGUUACCUGUAUGGUGUGUGAAUCUGGGAAAAUCCUGCACUGUUCAUACAACCUGCAAAGUUCUUAGUUUCCAUUUUUAUGAACUAGUCCAGAGUUUGUAGUUAGUCCGUCCUGAACAAGACAGAUAUGUUGGCUAUGCCUACAUUUUCUGUUAGUUUCAACCAUUCUGUAUGUAAAAAAACUUGAAACCUAGUUCUGAAUUAAAGUUCUCAUGUGCCUCUAGUCAAUGAGGAUUGGAUUUGUAUUUGUCUUUAGAACAUGGAUUUUGAAGGCUUGCUAUAGUUUCUUCAGGAGCUGAUAUUAUUACACAGCUGUUGAUUGCAUAGAAGAGGUGCAUUAGGGAUUUAUCCUAUAAAAUGUGGGUACAGUAUACAUAGGCUGUGUGGUUUCAAGAUGGAAUGAUGUGAAGUAACCCUGUGUAUGCAAAACACUGAGAGCAUGUUGAGAGAGGCCUAGGAAGUGAAGUACCUGUAUGUUUGGUCCAGCUUUCUGAGUGUCGGGAGCAGUUAGGGGCAGUAUCACUUUGGAGGAUGGGUCGGGACAAUAUCCCAUUCCACAAAACAAUCUCAGCACUAUGACAAUCUAUCUCCCAUGCUUCAAUAUAGAACUAAGUCAUAAUGCUAAGACUGCUUUGUGCACGUGGCCAAGGACCCUUCUACUAGUUCUAGAACAAUGAUGAGAAUGUCAGGUAAGAUGACACAAAGUAUCCAGUCACAAACUGUCUGAAGUAAUCUUUUGGCUCUAGGUUGGUAUAACAUAUGUUAUUGAAAAUAUAGUGUCACUGAAUCCUGGCAGAUUAUGUAGAUGAUCAGGUCAUGCAUACACUGAAGUUGACUGAAGCUUUAUCAUCAUUCAAACAGAUUAGAAACAGAAGGAAUGUGUGCCUAGUCCAAAAGAGUGAGUGAGUGAGUUUGGUUUUACGCCGCUUUUAGCAAUAUUCCAGCAGUAUCAUGGUGGGGAACACCAGAAAUGGGUUUCACACAUUGUACCCAUGUGGGGAAAGGAACCUGGGUCUUCGGCGUGACAAGUGAACGAUGUAACCACUAGGCUACCCCACCGCCCCUAGUCCGAAAGAACGUAAGUGACGGGUAGUUUAACUGGAGAAGUGUAUUUUGGACAACAUAACACAUGACUAACCACAGUUAAGAGAGGUUCCAUUCAGUAACAAACCCCACACACAUCCCUCCCACCCACCCCAACUCAACCUGUGUUACACGUCCCAGCCCAUACAUGAGCUGCCUGCAUCUGUCACAUGUUACAAUAUGGUGUUAUCACUUGUGCCUGUCUAGUCGCCUGCUACAUUUACGAGUAAUUUGUAUUGCAUGUAAGUCACAAAUAAUUUAUUGAUUACAAGGGCCAUUGCUUAAGACAAGAGAACUGAGUGAGGAACAUGUGGUAAGUGUAUAUAUACAUCGCGUAUAACGUGUAUAGCGAGCAGCUACUGGGAGGUCACAGGCAUAUGAAGCUCAGUGGCCAAGUUGACUUACAUGUUGUAAAGUUCUUAUAUUGUACAGAAACACAUUGGAUACUGGUAUUAUACAUCACUGUUUUAGGGUAGUUUUGUCUUCAUACCUAUGUGAGCCAGAGACACCAAUAGGAGUUCUGUUGAUACAAAGGUCAAGCUGUGUGGUUUUAACCAUGUAAAAUGUUCUAUGUAAUUCUCACAUAAUUACAUGAUCACUUGGAAUAUCUAUCACAGAGUGUUUAUGUUCUGUCAAGCGACAGGGUGAAUACAAAGAUUUUACAACUUAUGUAUAGUGUUAAGGUUGGUUAGAUAAUGUACCGUUCAUAAUUUAUGGCUUGUGGGGUAGGGGUAGGGUUGAGGAGUAGCAUGUACAGUGUGGAUGGUACAAUGUGAAUCCCCCCCCCCAAGAUUUAUGUACAAAGUAAGUGACCCCCCUUGCAUGUCAUGUACAAAAUCAAUGACCCACUCCUGUACUUUUUAAGCAUAUUUUGAAUAUUUUUACGUACAAAAUUGCUGUACCCUCGCCCAGUACAUGUGUACAAAGUUGAUGACCCCUACCUCUCAGAACAAAAUGGGUGACCCCUCCAAGCCAUAAAUUAUGAACGUUCCCUAAUAUGCAAUUUUAAAUUCAAAAUCUGAAAGUUCAAGUUUUUGGAGAAAUGUGUAUGAUACAUACAUGAUACGUCCAUGAUACAUACUGAGGAUGUCACCUUGUUGCUAUAGAUACCAACUGUGUACCAAAGAUGUCCGUCCUCUGUAUCGGGGCACACACUCCAUAUGUACCAAAACAGUGUACGUGACUCCUAUUAAGUGCAAGAUAUGAAAAUACAGAACAGAACAAAGUGUCUGAAUAGCAUUGUAGGAAGUGUUUUCAAUAUUUGUUUUUCAUAUAUUGUUGAGAUUACAGCAUUUAAAUACUGAGAUUGUUUGUUGUUGAAUUUUCAGGGUGAUUUGGGGUGUUUCAGGACAUGUAUGCUUGUAUUUAUAUGGAAAACAUUGCGUAGUAACAAAGUUUGGUGAAAUAAAUCUAUUAUUGGAAUUGC